AUUGACACCAACUCUGAAAGCAACAUGAACAAGUUUAGGGAAUGUGGAAGUAACAAGUAACUUUUAGGUUAACUGAUGCACAGUGCCACACUGAUAUGCUAUUAUUUCCCACUGGCCUGUCUUUAGGAGGCUCUCAAAGUCAAGUCUCCUUUUUAUUUACAAGGUUCUCAAAUUGAAGUCUUGAAGAAAUGGAUAACUGUCAAGUUAUGGAUGCCGAAGAAACCCGUUCUUCAACGUCCUCUCCAUCUCAAUCUCAGACUAAGAAUAUGAAAACAGAAAACCAACCACCACCCCAAGACAAAGAAGAAGAAGAAGAAGAAGAAGAAGAAAAAGUGAAAAAGGAAGAAGAAGAAAAGAAAAGAAAUAGCAUCUCAGAAACACCACCGAGUAUCAAGUCUUAUUCACCUCCUCUGUUCCAGUCCCCAUCUCCACCAUCCGAUUCUCCAACAACACACACAACCCAUCAAGCCUACCACACUCAUGAGUUCAGAGUCACACCUUCAGACACCAAGCCGGCAUCGCCACCGGCUGUGCCAGCCCGGUCUUUCGAGGUCGAGCCCAAGGUCGUGGAUCCCAAACCACAAGUUGGGUUUUCUGGGCUCGCAGAGGUUCAAGAAGAAAGUGGUGGUGCUACUGCUACUGGUACUAAUGGUGGUGGUGUAAAGAUGCGAACUUUGAGAGCCAACUUAUCGAUAUUGAACAGGUCGAGGAGGGAAAACAUGGUGAGGAGGACUUUGCUUGGGUUUAGGAUUUCUGGGUUUGUGUUCUGCUUGAUCUCUUUCUCGGUUAUGGCGGCUGACAAGAACCAGGGUUGGGCUUUAGAUUCCUACUAUCGCUACAAGGAGUUCAGGUACUGCUUGGCAGUGAAUGUGAUAGGAUUUGUGUAUUCAGGGCUGCAAACCUAUGAUUUAACCUAUUUCUUCACCAGCGGAAAACAUGUAAUGCAGCUUCAUCUCCGCCAUUACUUUGAUUUCUUGAUGGAUCAGGAAGUGUUUGCUCUCUCUCUCUCUCGGCAUUUUUCUGAUAAUUAUGGGGACCACAGCCUAUGAAGGUGGUCCUUCAGCACUUGGAUGGUCAUCUACUUAUUGGUUUAUUAUACUUUUUUUCCUUUUUGUUGUUGGUUUGUUGUUGAUGAUUAAUGAUGUUUAUUAUUCACAUCUUGGCCAUUGCCCCACACGGAAUCGCAUCAUCAGAUAAAUUUGGAUCAGUUGGUUCUUGACUUUUUCUUUCACCACCUUUUGAGUACCUUUUUUUCUUGCCUUUUUCCACAGUAAUGAUUCAACUUUUGCUUUCUCUGUUUAAAACUGUAUCCAUUGGUAGAAAAUUUACCUCAUCUUGUAGCAAACAUAUUGGAAUUAACAGCUUAAGUACACUAUAUUUGGACACCCCAAAAAAAAAAAUCAGAUGGAUUUGUCACACUUAUGAAACUUGGCAGACAGGUUUUCCUAGAACAGAGGUGGAAUUCUGCAUUCUGAUUACCUGUUGUAUGCUGUAUUAUAUAUAACUUAAUGUGGAAUUUGGCAUGGCAGAUUUUGACAUACCUUUUGAUAUCAGCAUCUUCAUCCGCUGCAAUUCGGGCUGACGACUGGGAGUCGAAUUGGGGCAAAGACAAGUUCCCAGAUAUGGCUCGUGCGGCCGUGGCAUUGUCCUUCCUUGCCUUUCUUGCCUUUGCCUCCAGCUCCCUCAUCUCUGGUUACACACUUUG